GCAAGGGCUCUGGCUUGCCCAUCAAGCGUUCUGUUCUAGAGUAAAUUUCGCAGUGAUCAUGCUCUUCUUGUGAUGCGGCAAUGGAGUCUGAGGGCUACGACAUUUCUCCUUCACCAGAGUCGCAGGUUUGCGACAACGACAACAGCAAUGGCGCGGACGUAUGCAGAUGCUGUAGCGUCGCUCAACACGCUGCAGUCGAACUUCGCCGUCGUUGAUGCGAUCCGAAAGUCCAGGCAGAAGAUGAACGAGCAGGCAAUUCCUGAGAUGAUCGAGUGGCUCAAAAAGAUUGGAUAUCAAGUAUGCGACAAAUGAACCUGUUGCCGACAGCCCACGACCCUUCAGACGACUGACUCGAUGCUCCUAGCCAUCUGAUCUCCGUGCACUGAACGCUAUACACAUUGCGGGUACAAAGGGAAAAGGGUCUACGGCUGCUUUCACCUCUUCCAUCUUGACACAGUUCAUUGGAUCUGAAGGACCACGUUCCUUGUCAAAAGUUGGAUUAUUUACUUCACCACACCUACGAUUUGUGCGGGAAAGAAUACAGGUUAAUGGACAACCGCUGUCGGAGGACAUGUUUGCGAAAUACUUCUAUGAGGUGUGGGACCGACUUGAAGAGGCAGCAAGAGCAGCAGGAGAAGAUCCACAGGCGCCUGGCACAAAGCCCGCCUACUUCAGAUUUCUCACUUUGAUGGCGUUUCAUACGUAUAUGACUGAGAAGGUCGAUACUGCUAUCAUUGAGUGCGGGAUUGGGGGCGCCUAUGACAGCACCAAUGUCAUCGAAACUCCUCUGGUGACAUGCAUCACGAGCUUGGGGAUCGACCAUGUCGGAAUGCUCGGUUCUACGAUCGGGGAAAUCGCGUGGCACAAGGCUGGCAUCAUGAAACCGGGCGCCAAAUGCUUCACGCCGAGCAGCCAAGUUCCGGAAGCAAAGAGUGUUCUGGAACAGGUCGCCCGACUAAGGACCAGUGUUCUUGAGUACAUCGACAUUGAUCCAGCCAUUGCGAGCAACGAAACCAUCCUGGGUCUUCAAGCGGACUUCCAAAAGACGAAUGCAAGCCUUGCCGUGGCCGUUGCCGAAGAAUGGCUCGAAAAGCGGGGAUAUGCUGCAGUAGCGGACUUCGAAGAAAGGAUCCGACGCGGGCUAGAAACAGUCCGGUGGCCAGGUCGAUGUGAGACACGCCGUGAGCCAGGCAUACGAUGGUGUAUUGACGGCGGUCAUACCAUGGAGAGCAUCGAACUUGCCGGAAAAUGGUUCGCUUCACAGCUCAUUGUCACUCCUGACUUCGCUCCUCAGCAAUCCCAUUCACAGGCUCGCUUCUUGAUCUUCAACCAGCAAACCCGGGACGCCGCAGCCCUGGCGAAAGCACUAUACAACACGUUAUCCAUAGCUCUUCAAGACCCUCAUCCUUUCACGCACGCCAUCUUCUGCACCAACACGACCUUCAAGGAGACCGGCUUCCGACCAGAUCUCGUCUCGGUCAACACGAAUGCCUCGGAUGUCGACGCACUCAAAGUCCAGAAUCACCUGGCCGAGACAUGGAGACAGAUCGAUCCCGCCGCUCACGUCGAGGUCGUCAGGACCAUUGAGGAAGCCGUGACUCUCGUCAGGGAGCACGCUUCCGAUGAGGCCGACCGAAGUGAAGUCACCGCUCUGGUCACGGGGAGUCUGCACCUGGUCGGUGGGUUUCUCGAAGUGCUAGAAAGUGCCACGAGUAGGUAGACUCCAUGCGAAGAUACUUUUCAAGUUAUGUAGAUGACUCCGAUAGGAUCAUAGGAAAAAGGUAUUGGCCCUGAUAGGCUUGUAAUCGUCAUAUAUCUAUACAACCAG